UAAAGACUUGGUUUUUACAAGUUCAUUUUCCAUUUCAUAAAAUCACUUAAACAUAUUAACAUUAAAAAAAAAUUGUGGCACGGGUAUUUCUUCAUGACUUUAGCCAUUUUUAUUAUAUUCAGGCAUUUCAGAUUGUUGACGAAAUUUGGAUUUUACGCUACAGAUUUCAAUUCUAACCUAGUCAAAAAUUUUAGCGCAAUGCCAAAAGAUCGUGAAUAUAUAGCAAGUAUUCAGAAAGGAAGAAUAAAAAUCAAACAGAAGAAUGCUAAAUAUGCGCCUGGAAGAGUCAGCAUACAUUGUUUGGGGACCGGUGCUAAGGGUGCUCCCAAAGCAAUGUAUUUGUUUUCUGACCAAUCGAGAUAUUUAUUUAAUUGUGGGGAAGGUACACAAAGGUUAGCCCAUGAGCACAAAGUGAAGUUAUCCAAAUUGGAACACAUUUUUAUCACUCAGCCUGUUUGGGAAAAUAUUGGUGGGUUGCCUGGAACUGCAUUGACCAUACAGGAUGUUGGGGUGCCUCAAAUUACUUUACAUGGUCCUCCAAGCUUGAGUGAAAUUUUUGCAGCAACCAAAAGGUUUGUAAUAUUAAGAAAUUUAAAAAUUGUGAUGGCUAAAAGUAGUCAAGAAACUAUGUUUGAGGACAAUGUUAUUAAGGUCAAAUAUAUUCCUUUGUCGAAGAAGUUUGAACAAAAUGUUUCAGAACAGAUUGCUAUUUCAAUGCCAACUUCUAGUGGAAAUAAUAUUGUUGAAGAUGAUAUAGAUUACUAUGCACAUGAAUGCAGUGGUAAAAGUAAGAAAUUGGAAAUUGUAUCCUCAGUUUCUCAAAAUCUUCUACUUCAACAAAAAGAAAUGGGCAAUGUGAUGUCUUAUAUAUGCCAACUCCAAGCUCGGCCAGGUGCUCUAAACUUAGAUGCAUGUGUCAGAAAGGGUGUGCCUCCAGGACCUUUAUUGGGGAGAUUAAAGAAUGGUGAAGACAUUGUUUUAGCUAAUGGUACUGUUGUGGCAUCUUCCCAAGUCAGGGAGCCAGAUGAUCCAGGGCCAGUAUUUUUAGUUGUUGAUUGCCCCAGCGUAGAUUACCUUGAUAAUUUCGUAAACAAUAGAGAAUUUAAAAAACACCAAAAAUUUGCCGGUAAAGAUGAUGAGGCUGCUUUUCUAGUCGUCCAUUUCACACCACAGGAAGUUAUGCAACAUCCAGAUUAUAAAAAGUGGAUGGAUGAUUUUAUCCCCAGUACACAACAUAUUUGUUUAAAUGAAUCAAAUGUUUGCCUGGGAAGUGUUGCAGUUCAUAGGAUACAGUAUAAACUCAAUUUGUUGUCACCAACAUUUUUUCCAUUACUUGGCAGUAGAGGUGCCCCGUUAACUACAGAUGGCUGUGAGAGUCGAGUUAGUAAAAAACCAAAAUACAGAGGUUUAGAAUUGGAAAACUUAAAAAUUGAACCUGUGGAAACUAAAUCUGAUGAAAAUUCCAGGGUUGUAAAUACCCUGGCCUGUUAUCAUUUACGUCCAACGAAAGGGUUUGACAGUUCUUCAGAAAUUAGACUGGAUCCCCAAGAAUAUAUAGAUGAAACACUCUCUUUAGAAGAUUUUCCCAAUGUUUUAAAAGAACUGCAGCAAAAAUUAAGCGCUAAGCAAUCGGUUUUAAGCAUUAGAGAAUUUCCUAAAGUAUUAUUUCUUGGUACAGGAUCCUGUAUUCCAAAUAAAACUAGAAAUACUAGUGGAAUUUUAGUUCAAACAAGUGAAAGUAAAAGUAUCUUAUUAGACUGUGGUGAAGGCACCUAUGGACAGCUUGUUCGUUUUUUUGGACCAGAUAUGUCUAGAGAAGUCUUAGCAAGCAUUGAUGCCAUUUACAUUUCUCACCUCCAUGCUGAUCAUCACAUAGGAUUGAUAGGUAUGCUUCAGGGACGAAAAAGAGCUUUGGAGGAACUGAAUAAACAUAAGAGUGCUGUGUAUUUAUUUGCCCCUCAUCAAAUUUUAACUUGGUUGGAUUUUUAUGAUAAGUUUUUUGAAAGCAUUGGAGAAGAAUACAUGCUCAUACCAAAUGCUGAUCUUGUUAUGGGCAAAAUAGCUUGCGAAGAAUCAAAACGAGUGAAGAUUUUAAACAAUUUAGAAUUAAAAGAUAUCUGUACAUGCGGCGUUCAGCAUUGUCCAAAUGCUUUCGGUUUAUCAAUAACCCACAAAGAUGGCUACAAAAUUACAUAUUCUGGGGAUACUAUGCCUUCCGAGAAUCUAGUGAAACUUGGGAUGGGCUCAGAUGUUCUGAUUCACGAAGCAACUAUGGAAGAUGACCUGGGCGAAGAAGCAGUCACCAAAAUGCACUCAACAACCUCUCAAGCAAUACAAAUCGGUAAACGUAUGAGCGCGAAGCACAUAAUUCUAACUCAUUUCAGUCAAAGAUAUGCCAAAUUGCCGAGAUUUAACGAUAAUUUUGACGAUAACGUCUGCAUUGCUUUCGAUAACAUGCAGAUAAGGUUGGAUGAACUUCCUCUGGUACCCAAUUUAUAUCCAGCUUUAAAGGUAAUGUUCGCCGAACAGUAUGAAGAACUUGAACACAAGGCUGUUAAGAGGCAGAGGAGAUUGGAAAAGGACGAGGCAGUUCGAGCAAAAACUUUGUCGAGUAACUUACAUAUUUUACAAAAAUAAAGAAUUUUACACCAAAGAAA